AUGACACCCGCAAUGGCUGAACCUAUGUCGGAGUUCCGUUUAGACGUCCCGGGUACCAAUUUCUUCAGGGAACGGGAGCAGCGUCGCGCUCGGCAGGAAGCGUACCGGCGGGAGCUAUCCUCACAAAUUGCCGACACGGAGGCGAGACGGGAGCUGCACGCGCGGAAAUUACGAGAGCUCGAGGAAAGACACGAACUGCAGUCGGUGGCCACUUACAAUCCGUGGGGCAAGCCAGGCUCUGGAGCACCCCUGAGGCAAGCGGACGGUGCCCUUGUCACGAACGUUAAGGCGUAUUACCGCGCCAAACAACGGGGGUUGAUUGCCCAGGACCUAUCACCCAACGAGAUCGGCGACAACGAGCAACCGUUCGGGUACACCCUCACUACCAAAAGUAAGAUGCAACGGUUCAACGGCAUACCGGAGGACAGGUCGCCGCUGCGGACUAGCAGAAGUGCCGCCUGUGCCGCCACCGGCAAGGUGGGAGAGCAAGGACCGCGGUCGAUCGACGCAGUGACGGUUUCGCUGUCUCCUCCUCGAAACAGAUACCGCUUUGACCGGCUUCCGCCCGAGGAGCAAAGCUACCUCGAUCGACGGAUGAAGGAGCGACAAGAGCUGGAGGCAGCGUUGCUUUCUCAAGUGGAAGAAAAGCGCGCUAAACGGGAGCUCGAGAGGGCGGCUAAGCAGGCGGAGGAUAAAGAGGAGCGAGCGAGGGUGCUACGAGUGCUGGCUGAGGAACGUGCAGCAAACCGCCACAGGGUGAGAGAUAAGAACCUGCGGGCGGGAGAAGCGCCGCCGGCCCUCUCCCCGAGCAGCGGCGGGGCCGGUGACCACGGGUGGCCGUCCCCACAACGGCAGCUGCAUCGGGACGAACAGCAGGCGGACAUAACACCCCAACGGCACCGGAGAAAUAGUAGGUUUGAGGAGGUGUCGUAUGCGGCGCGUCCAAGAGGUGGCCUAAACGGUGGUGGCCGGGCCACGAGACUCAGUGGCGGAGGGGGGUGGAUGGGCGAUGGUGCCGUUGGCGGGGCUGGGAGAGCAGCAGGGCCGGAGGCGGCGAUGAGCAGUGAAGUGGAUCGGAACAGUGUUCUCUUGAUCUUGCGGAGACUUGAGGAUCACGGCCGGGUGAGUGAAAAGACAUGGCAGGAUUAA